UCUCUCUCUCUAUCCUCUUCUUCUUCUCUCUUUUAUAUUCCAUUCCCAAUUGAUGAACUAAUAAUAGUAGUUCACAACUCUCUCUAUCUCUAACACUCUUUUCAACAGUCUCUCUCCGUGUAGUAGAAGCCCUUACAAUGGCUGCGGCGACCAGUGCUUCAAUCGUUGCUUCUUCGGCUCAAACUCUAUUUGCAGCUCGCUCUGUUUCUACCAACAAUGUUGAUCCCUCUGUCUCAAAUUCAUAUGCUCGUAGUUUCAUGGGGGCUUGCUUGUCGGGAUAUCUUCGAAAGAAUAGGAAAUCCAUUAAGAUUAGCGGAAAGAUAACUGCUGCUGCUACUGCUGUUGAAACAACUCCUGUGGUUGAGGAAGUCAAAGAGUUUUCACUUCCUACUUGGGCUGAAUUUGACCUUGGAAGAGCUCCUGUCUAUUGGAAAACCAUGAAUGGUCUUCCUCCAACUUCCGGGGAGAGGCUGAGGAUUUUCUACAACCCCACUGCAACCAAACUUAUUCCAAAUGAAGAGUUUGGAAUUGCUUUUAAUGGAGGGUUUAAUCAGCCCAUCAUGUGUGGUGGUGAGCCAAGGGCAAUGCUCAGGAAAGGUCGAGGCAAAGCUGAUCUCCCAAUAUAUUCAAUCCAGAUAUGUAUACCUAAGCACGCCAUAAAUUUGAUCUUCUCAUUCACAAACGGGGUCGAGUGGGAUGGUCCCUACAGGCUGCAGUUUCAAGUUCCAAAGCCUUGGCAAAACAAACCAAUUGACUUUUUCAAUAAGGGUCUUGCAGACGAGUUGAGCAAAGAUGGUGCUUGUGACAAAGCAAUAUUUCCUGAUACAAACAUUGUCGUCACAAGAUGUGCUAUGAUUGGUAAUUUGACCGUCGAAGGAGGUGAUCGCUGCAAUCUUGACCUUGUACCGGGAUGCACUGACCCUAGCUCACAUUUGUAUGACCCACUUGCCAAUGUAGAUGAUGGAUCAUGUCCAUUUGACACAGUGUCAGAGGAAUAACAUAAUCUUGUGGGGGCUGGGAAGUAAAAAAUAUUAUCGAUAUCUCAUUAGUGUUGAUAAACUUGCUUCAUUGUUACCAUCCCAAAAGAGUCAGUCUCACAGGGCAUUCUGUCAAAGUCAUGAUAUAUUUUCAGGCACUUUUUUGGUUCAUCACUGCCCUGUUUUGUAAAUUUUUAUAUGUUGAUAUGCCAUUAGAAUGUUGAUAAACCUGCCUUAGAAUUCAAUAUUCCAUUAAAGUCAUGUUAUAUUAUGAGGUACCUUUGUUUGUCA